GUUUUCUGAAUUUGCUACAGUGCCCUGUCUCUUCUUCAAUCAGUCACGGAUCCUCUUCUCUUCCCUAAAGGCAGAACCUUUGAAUGGUGAUAUUGAGAUUUGAUUGAUCGUGAUUUAAGUAAACGCUUCAGAGAUCGUUUGUUGGUUGAUAAUGAUGGAAGUGGAGAAGCUGAAGGAGGCUUUGCGUUUUAUCUGCUCUUCUGAUUUCCUGAGGAUGGCUCUGUUUUGGAACUUGGCCCUCCUUUCUUCUUACUUUCAGUUGCUUAAAAGAAGGAUCUUUGGCUCAAAACCAACUUCCUUUUCUUCUUCUUCUUCUUCACACAGACCUAUUUGUGUUAUCACAGGUGCUACUUCAGGGCUUGGUAAGGCAACUGCGUUUGCUCUUUCAAGGAAAGGCUUCUACAUAGUUCUUGUUGGACGGUCCUCUCACUUACUAUCAAAGACGUUGGCUGAAAUCAAGAAGCAGAACAAAGAUGCUCAACUCAAAGCUUUUGAAGUUGACAUUUCUUCUUUUCAAUCGGUUUCCAAGUUCAGAAACUCACUAGAGCAGUGGCUUCUAGACUCAGAUUUACAUUCUUCCAUCCAGCUUUUGGUUAACAACGCUGGAAUACUUGCAACUUCAAGUCGUCCAACCAUUGAAGGCUUUGACAGGAUGAUGGCUACUAACUACAUGGGUGCAUUCUCUUUGACAAAACUUCUCUUACCGCUUCUGAGAAACAGCCCUGUGCCUUCACGAGUCGUGAAUGUUACAUCUUUCACACAUCGUUCUGUUUUUUCACCGAGGUUUGACAAGGAUUCUGUUACGGGAGUUUACUCUUCAGAAUCAAAGCAUUAUCCUUGUGCUAGUAUCUAUCAGUAUUCCAAAUUAUGCCUUCUACUCUUCUCAUACGAGCUUCAUAGACAGCUUCGCCUCACGGAUGAUUCACAUCACGUCUCUGUUGCAGCGGUAGAUCCAGGAGCGGUAAAGACAAACAUAAUGCAUGAGCUUCCUUCGUAUAUACAAGCCUUGGCGUUUUACAGUCUCAAGAUUCUUAGACUCAUGCAGUCCUCUGAGGAAGCAGCUGAAUCUGUCAUUGAUGCUGCUUUAGCCCCACCUGAAGUAUCAGGCAAAUAUUUCUUUGGAGGAUACGGGAGGACCAUUGAAUCUUCAGAGAUUUCUCGUGAUCCAAAACUUGCAAAGGAACUCUGGGACACGUCAUGUCUCAUAUUUGAUGAGCUGCACCAAAAUCACACUUGAAGAUGAUGACACAAUCAUAGGAUAUCCAAAAUGUACGAAACUUUUAUGUUUGAUUCUAGAAUCUUUUAGAGAUAUAGCCAAUGUGGCCUUGCCACUUUGUUGUCA